AUGAUCACCAAUCCGAGUUUCAAUUGGCUGCGAUUGCAAAAUGUAUUCUAUGACUUGAAAACUUGCUACAAUACAUUGCCAUGGUCAAUCAACAGCUUGUAUACAAACUACCGACUAUCAAUAUCAGAGAAUGCCACAUUAAUCGCAGUAGCAACAAAGUCUACUAAAUUUAUCAAUCUUAUCGAAGUUUACAGUGGAAGUGGCAACAAGCUUUGGUCUAUAGUGUAUAACAGCAAUGCUAAUGACUAUAUCCAUGGCUUUUAUUUCAAGGAAGAGGAUUUGAUUGUUGUAUUUAGCAAUGGCAUAUACAGACAUUAUCAAGAUUUUGCUGGUAAUUUUAAUGAGUUUCUGCUCAACGAGUCUCUGGUGGUGUUUGACAAUCUAUCUCAAAAUCGAGCUUCUAAUGGAGAUUUGAACUUGGAAACAACAACUGACUCUGUGCGAAGAAUUACAGAUUUACAAAAUGGACAAUCUGAAGAAAUUAACAAUAUUGUAGAUGCCGAGAUCUAUGGCUCCUUCUUGGUGACAAGAUAUGAAAGUAAGUUUGUUAUUACUGAUCUUGAACUGCACAAAAAUUAUCGUUUAGAUUUCGCCAAAUAUAACGUGGGAGAUAUAUACGGAAUGGCAUUGCACGGUUCGAAUCAAGAUCCCAAAACUUUAAAUAUCUACAUUUCCUACAUGUCAACUAUAAUUGUAUGCAAUGUUGAUUUUGGACUAUCUAAAUUUGAAAUGGAAAAUCAGGAACUUACUGAUGGGCCCUUCAACGAGAUUUCGGUUUCCUCAAAUGGCAAAUUGAUUGCAUUGUUAAACAGAGCACAAAGCAAAGUAUUUGUUGUCAAUUACAUGUUCGAUAACAUGCUUUUGGAGUACGAUACAUCAAAGGAGUUGAGCAAACCGUUCCAAGUGGAAUGGUGUGGCAACGACGCUAUUGUACUAUCGUUAAGGGACGAAAUCAAGGUGUUGGGGCCAGGACAACAAUUAGUUUCCUUCUACUACGAUAUUGAGGAAGAAACGGGCUUGGACUUCAAUAACUACUUGUCUCGCGACACAAACAGAGAAGGUUAUUCAUACGUCGUUCCUAUACUUCAAUCGGCUGCUGAUGGUCUUCGUGUUCUCACUGGUGAUAAAAUACAAUUUUUGACUAGAGUUCCUAACAAAACAAUAAAUAUGUACCAGAUAGGCUCUACAAGUCCCAGUGCCACAUUGGCGGACUGUGUUGAUAAGUUCAAUCGAGACGCAUCUAAAGCUAAUGCCAACAUUACAUUACUCAAAUCCGAAGGUUUAUUGACAACUGCUUUAUCUGAUUGCUUAUAUGUUGCUUUAGAUGAAUUUGACAUUGAGUUACAAAAACGAGCAUUGCGUGCGGUCUCGUUUGGCAAAAUUUAUGAUGAAGAGAAUUACGAUGCAGACGAAUAUUUAACAACAAUCAAUAUUAUUAAAGUUUUAAAUCAAUUGCGAAGUCCCGAAAUUGGACUUUGUUUGUCAUUUGCGGAGGUCCAAAUUGUUGGAUGGAAAAAUAUUAUUAAAAUGCUACUUCGAAGAAACCAACACUAUUUGGCAGUAAAGGUAAUUGAAUCACUUCAGCUUGAUAAUUUGAGAUCUUUGGUUUAUAUACAUUGGUGUUGCUACAAAAUUCGAAAAGAGCUUGACAUGUCCGAUGUUAAGCUAUACCAAACAAUUGUUGAUAAAUUGAUUUCAGCUCCCACUCCAUUUUUGGCCUCAGUUCCAAGUUUGGCGACGAAAAACACGACGAACCAUUUACCCGUAGGUGACAUUUGUGAUGUUGCUCAUGAGGAAGGUCGGAUUAUAUUGUGCAAAUUGAUAAAUAAUUUAGAGCCUUCCAUUAGUAAAAAAAUAAAAAAAUUAAUUGACAUCAACGAGGUAGAGUUGGCUUUGAUUAAGGCUUUUCAAUCUGGAAGCUAUGAUUUAUCAAGGUUGGUGCUUGCACGAUUGCAAACCACGUUGACUAUUUCGGACUUUUUCAAAGUAUUGAACCAGAACGAGUCAAAGCUUGAUGAAGGCAUUUCAAAUGAAUUGAGAGAAGCUAAUGUGAAGAUAAGUAAUGAGCCAUUUCAUGUACGUGGAGAGGUGGUUGGCCACACGUGGCUUGAUUCAUUGGCAACAUUGGAUACUGCUAUGAAAGAAAGGUUUAUGGAACACCAAGACAAGUACUACUCUUUAUACUUGUCAAAGUUGAAACUAUUUAAAGAAGCUCACCCAGAUCCAGAAGGCGAAGAAUAUUAUACUCAAUACAAGUCUCUUUUGAAAUCUUUUUUGCAAGGGACAAGUCACGGCUUUACACAAAAGGCCAUACAGAAAGAACUAAACAUAUUGGAGCUUCAAAAAAGGUUGGAGACAACAUAUCUCUCUAAUUUUUAUCAGGAAACAUCAGUUAUAAAUAUUCUUGGAAGAAUGGUAAAGAUGCAUCAAGUGAAACCUGCUCAAAAAAUAGCCAAAGAAUUCUCUGUUUCGCAGGAAAAAUUUUGGUACCUAGUACUUCGAAUAUACUCAGAGUCGCGCCAAUUCGAUAGGCUCUACGAGUUUGCGUUGGGAUCACUCGAUUCUGUUAACGGAAAGUCGCCGAUUGGGUUUGAACCUUUUGUUGACGCAGGCUUCAGUAAACACGCUCCAAAGGAGCAUAUUUCAGUUUACAUCAAAAAUUCGCUUAAAUAUAACUAUAAUGAGAAGAUUAAUUUGUUCAUAAAGAAUGAGGAUUUUGCAUCAGCUGCUCAGGAAGCAUUGAAAAAUAAGGAUAUAGAUUUGUUAAGAAAUCUACAGAAGAGUGCACCGUCAUCGAACUCAACUGCUAUUAGAGUCAUUAACAACUCGAUUCAAAAGCUUGGGUAUCAAGUGUAA